UUUAUAGCAUUUACAACAUAACCUUAGAUAAUUUCCACAUUUUCAUUAUUAUAAACUACAGUUAAGAGGCUUAAAGCCAGAGCACUAUAUUGUAAAUAUUGCAGGAUAUCACUAAUUUAAAAAACUAUAUAAUAAUUUAUUUAUUUUGAAACAAAGUGUAAGAAUAUUAUCAAGCUAAGUCAACCAAAUUCAUAUUUUAUCUCUCAAAAAAUACUAGUCCAACUAUCAAUCAUCAAUAACACCAACACCACCACUACUACCACAUCCUCUCAAACCCAAUGGCUUUACAAGAGCAACAAGAGCUAGGGCUCUCGGACGAGGGUCCCACGUGGCACAACCUGUUAGGGUCUCAAAACUGGGAAGAUCUUCUAGACCCACUCAACGACGAACUCCGUCGUCUGAUCAUCCAAUGCGGUGACUUUUGUCAAGUCACCUAUGACACCUUCAUCAACGACCCUAACUCUGCCUACUGUGGUAGCAGUCGCUACGCCAAGUCAGACCUUUUGAAAAAAACCGCCUUCCCUGGUGGUUCGAACAAGUAUGAUGUCGUAGGGUUUUUGUAUGCCACGGCUCGUGUUAGUGUUCCCGAAGCGUUCCUAUUCAAGUCUAUGUCUCGAGAGAGGUGGGAUAGGGAAUCUAAUUGGAUUGGCUAUAUCGCGGUUUCAAAUGAUCAGGUGAGUCAAGAGACGGGAAGGAGAGAAAUAUAUGUAGCAUGGAGAGGGACUACGAGAAAUUAUGAGUGGAUUAAUGUUCUUGGUGCCAAACUACAGUCUGCGAAGUCUUUGCUUGCUGAAGGAUGUCAUGACCACCAUGAGAAUGGAGAUGAUGAGAACGGAGAUGAUGAAAAUGACGACGAUGAAGGUUUACAUAGGAAGCCCAAAGUUAUGCAGGGUUGGCUUACAAUUUACACAUCCGACGAUCCAAAAUCCCCCUUCACAAAACUUAGUGCAAGAGCACAACUCCUAAACAAGAUCAAACAACUAGUUGAGCAGUACAAAGAUGAAGACCUUAGCAUCAUAUUCACAGGUCAUAGCCUAGGAGCAACCUUAUCAGUUCUAAGUGCUUUCGACAUUGCUGAGAACGUAACAAGGGAAAUUCCGGUCUCAGCCAUCAUUUUCGGUUGCCCUAAAGUAGGCAACAAACGGUUCAAGGAGAGAGUUGACGCGCAUCCUAAUCUCAAGACCCUUCACGUUAGAAAUGUGAUCGAUACAAUUCCACUUUAUCCUGCAAGACUAAUGGGGUACGUACACAUAGGAAUCGAGCUAGAGAUCGAUUCAAGGAAAUCACCAUUCCUUAAAGCCUCAAGACAUGUUGGUGAUUGGCAUAACUUGCAAGCUAUGCUUCAUAUUGUGAAUGGUUGGCAAGGGUUUAAAGAAGAGUUCCGGCUGGUUGUUCAACGGAGUAUCGCUUUGGUUAAUAAAUCAUGUGAUUACCUCAAGGAGGAAUGUCUUGUGCCCCCAUCUUGGUGGGUUGAGAAGAAUAAAGGAAUGGUGUUGAGUGAGCAAGGAGAAUGGGUUUUGGCUGGUCCUGAGGAAAUUCCUGUUCCUGAAUAUGAUUAACCAAAUCUAAUGGAGGUUUUUCAUGAAUAAAAUGUUUUCAAAGUGAGAUUUGAUGGUGCAAUGUAGUGUUUAAUUUGUGUUGUAUGGCUACUUCAUUUUUAUUUCUUGCUUUGAUUGGUAAAAUAUGGACUUGUUUUUGUGAA